GUCUUCUCUUCUCCAUCCUUCAGACAGACAGACAGGCAGGUCCAACUCUUGGCCUUCUUCAUCACCACCAUCACCAUCAUCAUCUUCAGAGGAAGACGGACAGGGAGCCCCCUGACCCUCGCCCCACCGGGUCACCAUGGCAACGGUCAUCUGCACCCGUUUCACCGAAGAGUAUCAGCUGUAUGAAGAGCUGGGCAAGGGAGCGUUUUCAGUGGUGCGACGCUGCGUGAAGGUGCUGUCGGGCCAGGAGUACGCUGCCAAGAUCAUCAACACCAAGAAACUAUCUGCCAGAGAUCAUCAGAAGUUGGACCGUGAAGCUCGAAUCUGUCGUUUACUGAAGCACCCUAACAUUGUUCGGCUACAUGACAGCAUUUCAGAGGAGGCGCACCAUUACCUCAUCUUUGACCUGGUAACAGGUGGAGAGUUAUUUGAAGAUAUUGUAGCCAGAGAAUAUUACAGUGAAGCUGACGCCAGUCACUGUAUCCAGCAGAUUUUGGAGGCGGUGCUACACUGCCACCAGAUGGGCGUGGUCCAUCGAGACCUGAAGCCAGAGAACCUGCUGCUGGCCUCCAAGUCUAAAGGAGCGGCGGUUAAACUGGCGGACUUCGGCCUCGCCAUCGAGGUGGAGGGAGACCAGCAGGCCUGGUUUGGGUUUGCGGGGACUCCUGGUUAUCUCUCUCCAGAAGUUUUGAGGAAGGAUCCGUACGGCAAAGCAGUCGAUCUCUGGGCCUGUGGUGUGAUUCUCUACAUCUUACUGGUUGGUUAUCCUCCAUUCUGGGAUGAAGAUCAACAUCGUCUCUACCAGCAGAUCAAAGCUGGAGCAUAUGAUUUUCCCUCUCCUGAAUGGGACACAGUGACUCCUGAAGCCAAAGAUCUCAUUAAUAAGAUGUUGACCAUCAACCCGUCCAAACGGAUCACAGCAGCCGAGGCGCUCAAACACCCAUGGAUCUCUCAUCGCUCCACAGUGGCGUCCUGUAUGCACAGACAGGAGACAGUCGAGUGUCUAAAGAAGUUCAACGCCAGGAGGAAACUCAAGGGAGCCAUUCUGACCACCAUGUUGGCCACCAGGAAUUUCUCUGGAGGAAAGAGUGGAAGCAACAAGAAGGCCGACGGAGUCAAGGAAUCAUCUGAGAGCACAAACACUACCAUCGAGGAUGAAGACACCAGAGUGAGGAAACAGGACAUCAUUAAAGUCACUGAGCAGCUCAUCGAGGCGAUCAGCAACGGAGACUUUGAGAGCUACACUAAGAUGUGUGACCCGGCUGUGACGGCGUUCGAGCCCGAAGCGUUGGGGAAUCUUGUCGAAGGCCUCGACUUCCACCGCUUUUAUUUUGAAAACUUGUGGUCUAAGAACAGUAAACCGGUCCACACCACCAUCUUAAAUCCUCAUAUCCACCUGGUCGGGGACGAGGCCGCCUGCAUCGCUUACAUCAGAGUGACGCAGUACAUCGACGCCAACGGGACGCCCCGCACCGCCCAAUCAGAGGAGACCAGGGUCUGGCACCGCCGUGACGGAAAGUGGCAGAUCGUCCAUUUCCACCGCUCAGGCUCCGCCUCUACACUCAACAAGUAAGGACAGGUCAGAGUUAACUUCCAGAGUGGGCGAGUCUUUGAUGGGGCCACCGUCGCCUUGACAACUGAUUGAUUGACAGCAGGCCAGGCGUCUGACACCAACCAUUCAGGCCAUUCAGGAUUUAGUUUGAGAAAAACCAAGAUGGAGGAGGAGGGCAGGGCCAGAAAGCAGUGAACUGCGCAACCAAUCAAUCAAUCGACCAAUCAGCUUCCUCUUAUCAGCUCGUCUGGACUUUGCUUGAGCCACGCCCCCUUCUGCCAAUUAGCAACAGAGCACAGAUCAUAAUAAUGUGUAGAAACAAUACCUUAUCUCCAACUACCGCCUUCAGGAUGAUUGACAGGACCGGCACAACAAACCCUUGAAAAAACUUUUAAUCAGAUCUUAAUUUACCUCUGAAAACACACUUUAAUUAACAUACAGUUAAUAAAUAUUUAACGAUUCCAUGACAAGUUUAAGGUGCUAAUAAACGAGUGUAUUUUGGUUUGUGUGAAACAUUUUCAGCUGCAAAUUAAUUCAAAUAUUUAACAACUUAUUAGACAGUAUUGAGGAGAUUUUAAUAAGUGAUUUUAAAGUUUCUGCUUCGGAGUUUUUAAUGUCCUUUAACAUGGACAUUUUAAAGACCUUUAUUUUUCAAUCAAGGUAUAAACUAAGAGAUUCAUGUAUUAUGAUAAAUUAAGAGGUUUUAAACGGAAAUUGUUCCAUGAAAAUAUACCAAUAACUAUAAAUAAAGUAAAUAAAUUGACCAUUUUACCAUGAAAGACGCCACAAAAUCACCUCAGUUAGCUAACUAUUCAAUUCAUGAGCAGACUAAUUAACUUUGUUACUUGGUAUAGGUUUGUGCUUAAUAAAUGAAUAAUUAAUGAGGUUUUAAUAGAUUACGGCAUUAACCAAGAUGUUUUUUUUAAGUGUAACAAAUCAAAUCCUUUUUAGGCGUUUUAAUUUCUCAAUAAUUAUAAAAUAAAUACUUCCAACAGAAGGAAUUCAGUUUCCAUUUACUAAAAUUAAGAAAUAAUUUAGAUUUUUGAUCAUUUUACUUAAGAUAAUAAUAUUUUCGCAUUUCUAUCUCUCUGCUUCCAAAAAUAAACAAAACAUCACUUGACAAUAAUACACAAUAAAAUAAAUCAAUAAUAAAAAACGGCUAAGUAUCUAAAAGAAUGUAUUACUAAACACAGAUUUAUCUAUAUUUCAAAUUUAACUUUAGUUCACGUUAAAAUUAAAAAUCAAUAAACAUUGAUUUUAUUUUUUAGGCAGAUUUUAUUUCCUUUGUAAGAUAACGAGUCAAAUGAUUCAAUAUCACAAAAACAAAAUUAUAUUAUAUAUAUAGUUUUUAGAUAUAUUAUUUAAUUUGUGAUGUUUAGGCAAAAAAUUGAUUAGAAAUAUAUAAAUACAACAGAGUAAACUUAAUAAUAAUAUUUAAUAAAAGCAGUUCAGGAAAUGUUGAGUUUUGGAUGUUGGACGCUCAUCUCUCUGCUUCCAUCAGGCUCGGAGAGCUCCACAAGCUUCCGUCGCUCUCCGACCUGCGAUCUUCCAUGAACGACCACACCCGACCCCCCCUAGCCCCUAAACCCGACCCCCAACCACCAGAUAUCCAAAGGAGGAGGUACCUCAACGAGCUGUCUGCCUGCUGCCUGCACUCCAGGCUUCAUUUAGAGGAAGAAACUUUAGUUUAUAAAUAUAUUUAGGUUUGGAGGCAGUGGAUCUCCUGUGAGGGGAAGAAGAGAAGAAAAAAGGAUGUGACUAAACAGAAAGAGGAAGAGAAGAAAAAGGACAAAUUAUUCUCCCUGAUUUUGCUUUAGCACUUAAAUUUAAUUUAAUUAGCGUUCAAAACCUUUUAAGUCACUACUGAACAUGAGAAAUCAUUCAAAAUGAAACAUCAGCGUCAUUUCUGAUUUACAGAUAUCUGAUUAUUGAUCUGUUUGGGGGAUGCAGAAUGAGUAGAAAGCCAAUCAGACUCACUGACACAAUCACCCAUCAUCUGUUGCCGGGACCAAAGUCAAAGUCAAAUGAAACUCAUCAGUACGGAGUCCCAGAAGUGACAAAAAUAACUGACAAGUCAAACAAUUACACAAUUAUAUAAAUUAAUAAUAGGGAUUAAAUCCUAAACUUUUAAAUUGUUGAGUUAAAUUGUUUAUUUUACAUUUUUCAAAUGUGUUUGAGUCCAAUAUUUUAAAACAGUAACUAUAAAGUCUUAUUAAUGAUGAUUAUAAGCAAAAAACAAAUGCAUCAGACCUCAUUUUAUGUUGACGUUUUGCUAAAUGAAAUCAGCUUUUCGUCUCUUUUGAGGCCUCCGUACAUCAGGACAAUCUGACUGGCAAUCUGAGCUCAUAUUUCUGUUUACAUUAUCUUUGUCGGAGACUUAAUUAUUUGAUAACUCAAAAUUAAAACUGCAUCUUUGAUUGAUCCUUUUCGAGGAGAUUUUAAGGUUUGGUGGUGAUGGCGGUGUUGUAAAAGUUUUUGGCUGGAGUUCUGUACGGAGAGCUCGUACUCCUCUUCAUCGAUGGUGUUUACUUUCUGUACAGAUGAUGUGAUUUUAUGCAUGCAGGAACUUGACUUUGUGUUUUGUGUUUUCGGCUUUGGUAUCUGCUGCGUUUUGGUGCUCGUGGCUGCCAUGUUGUUUUCCAGCUCUCCAGUGACUUGACUCAGACUUGUUAGCAUUGUUAGCAUUCCUCACUGGGAGAAUGGUGUCUGCUGGCCACGAGCUGACAAAACGUCAGUGGUGCUGUCUUUGAUAUUCUGCAACUUUUGACCCGUUGUAUUUGUCUCAGAGGCUUCAAGCAGCUUUUUACCGUCGGGAGAAUGUAGAACUUUGUACAAUCAGAUUCUUACUAUGACAAUAUCAUUAAUAUUACUAUUCUCGAUAUAACGCAUUUGUAUAUUUAAAAGCUUUGUAAUGUUUGAAUCAGACAUCCAGUGCUAGCGUUGUGUGAAUCACCCUGUAGUGAACACCUUGUGUAUUAUUAGCUUUUUUUAUUUUUGUUAGUAUGAUAUGCAUUGUGACACAUAGUGUGUGACACUUAGCAACCUCUGAAUGUGUUUGCCACAGCGCCACUGCCUUUUAUUUGCCUUGACGUCUUAGUGCCAUUGGGCGUCCCUGCUCAGAAAAUACUAAGAUUAUUUCAAGGAGGGUUAAAUCUGGUACAACUGGACUUGAUCUGUGAAUAUGUUUCACCUCUCAUACAAGAGGCCUCUUAAGAUCUUACUGACUGAUGGCGAAACCCUGGUGUUUAUUGGUGGGAUCGACCAGGCUGCUGUUUCCAUUUUCAUUAAGGUCACCUGUGGUUUGGUGUGAACGACUGUCAGUAAGGUCGCCUGAGUGGAUGACGGAGUCACAUGAGACUUGGCGUCUUUCACAGACCUCUUUGAUGUCAUCAUCAUUUAUCAUCUAGUGGGCCCACAGAACCUGUUAGAUGCUGAAAAUGCAGUCAUUAGUAAAAAAAGGUUAUAAUCUAUAAAAUUAAAUGUUAAUCCAAUUUGAACUGUGCUGUUGGGGGUCUGACCAGGGGCCAUCCUGUUGAUCUCUGUUAACUUUGUUCUGAUGUUACAGCAUCGUGUCCUCUCACAUUAAUACGAGUAAAUCUGCUGCUGCAGCAUUGUCACACCUGACUGACUGUGACCAGUGGAUGAAAGUUACUAAGCACAUUUUGUGUUACUCAUACUUUCCAGUUUACUCUACUACACUUUAGCGGUAAAUACUAAAAUACUAUAGUUUUUACUAUAGAUUACUAAAAUAUGAUUACUACAUUUGUAAAACUACAAAACAUUGUUAAAGAUUAAGGCUGGGGCUCCAACCCUUUAUGACUUAUGACCCUUUUAUUUAAUAUAUGAAAUCAAAGUACAGAUGCUGUUAUGCUGACAUUAACUAAUGAGAUAGCUAGUUUGAAUUUAUUCCCUCUGAUAUGCGAUUUCACAUAAAUUCAAUGCAAAGAUGUGAGUCGAUACCUAUGAACUAAGCACUUAUCAUAUGCUGUUGCUCAACAGACAACAAAUAUCUGGUGUUAUUGAAAUCUUGAUCCUAUUCAGUCGCUUUCAGCCUCUUCAUUAACAAACUAAAGUGUGAACACAGUCGGGACUCCAAAUGGCACCUGCAGAGUGAAUGGCUGUUUUCUACAGUAGACUAGUCUGUGUUUUCUAAACCUCCACUUUGACCUUUUAAGACACUUGAAAGUUUUAUUUAUUCGUGGUGGAAAUCUUUGAGCACCGGGAACGCUCAGACGCUCCCUGCAAAUAUCUGAGAUGUAAUUUUUUUUAGAACUGUUUUGGUGUUUUACGCUUGAAACUGAAGACUUCAUCUUAAAGCAGAUUUCACGUCAUUCCGAAGAACAGAUGCUCUGAUGUGUUUCCUGUUUUUAUCAGAUGUUCAGUGGGUGUGGCUGCUCCGUAUUUAUCCUCAUGAAUCCAAAGCAGCGACUUCCAACUGUCCAAAUGAUUUGUUCAGUCUGUGAUCCAGAGGGGAUGACUGAUGAUUAGGAUUUAGUAACUUUUUGCUCAGACCGUUUGAAGAAAGAAGAAACCAGGACGGGUUGGAAGUCUCUGUUUUGAAGCUUUACCUGCAGCACUGAGAGCAUGUUCACCACAGGAAGCUUUUCUUAACGAUGCGACAGGAAACAGCAGGAAGAGUUUGCUUCAGACGCUACAAUAACAUGCUCAGCUUUGUUAGCAAUCCUUAGCUGUUCCUCCAGGCUCGAGAUAACAGGUUUUCAGUAAGCUAAGAUUUGUGGCUAAAAGCAUGCAUUGGUUAAAGUUAGGAAUGCUAAUAAUGAUAAUAAGAGAGUGACAAGAAAUGAAGGUUACAUUUUAAUAUAUUUUAAAAUGUUGGUAUCUUUUUUAUCUGCUAUUAAAGAAUGUUUAAGUUGCCAGGGAAUUUAUGUCAAAAACAUUUCAAACUAAAUUUUAUAGUUUAAAUACAGUCGUAAAAUCUCUGAUGCCACAUUUGUGCAUGUGACUCCUUUAACAAAAUACAAAAAUAGGUUUGUAUUCGUCUGCAGUUUGGUCUGAAGCUCCUCUGCUCUCUGGGUUUGUUGGGUUUUUCUUCAAAAAACAGAAAUGAAAAAGAAACAAUUCAUAAAUAAAAUAUCCAUCAAUAAACAAACCAAUUGUGUAUAUUUUGAAUUCAAUUGUUUCUUUUUCAUUUCCGUUUGUUAAAAAUAAAAUCCAAAGGUCAAACAAGUCCUCGCUGUUUCCUGUCCACCAGGUUCACGCUCUGCAAAAUCAAUAAUCAAUGAUCAAUAAUCAGCUCCUUCAUAUCCACUCAGCUUUUCUACUAUGAUGGAUAUUGUACUGUACUGUAUUAACUCCAAUGCUGCAUGCUCAGUGUGUAACAGUGUGAACUGUGUGUGCGUGAGAGAGAGGGAGUGUGUGGGUGUGUAUGUGUGCGUGUUUUUAAUCUUUUUUCUUUUGUAGUUUUUUGGAGUAUUUCUUCUUCUGCAUCGUGUUCAAAGUGUUUCUGUAAAUAAACUGAAGUGGUCAAACGCUGA